AUGGACAAUGUGGUCGUCAACAAUCCGAAGUAAGUGCGACGGGCAGCGGUGUUGCUCCCGGAGGCACAACGCUAACAGUCGGCCGUUUUAGAAACCCAUACCCUGGAAAGCUCUACAACCAUCCAAGCCUGACGUACAACGUCUAUCUCGGAUGCGUGAUCGACUACAACACGACUUUUACCCCCGAAACCCUCAAAAACGUGCUUAUCGGCAACGAUACCACUGGCGGGCCAGUGUUGAAGACGUCGGAGAAGGACCGAAUUUUCUUCUACUUCACCGACCAUGGAAGUGAUGGCGUGAUGUUCCUCCCGGAUCAUGAGGUCUUUACGACUGCGGACAUGGACGACGCGUUGAGACAGAUGACGGAAAAGAAAAUGUACAAGGAAAUGCUAUUCUACAUUGAUUGUUGUUAUGCCGGCAGCAUCUUUGAGAAGGUGAUACCAAAGUACGAAAACAUCUUGGUAAUCACGUCAUCGUCACCUCACCAACCCGCUGCAAAUACGUAUUGCAUCAAUGACACGGGGAUUUGCUUGGGUGCCGAGUUCUCAGUGGCUUGGUUGGAAUACGAUGACACAAACAGCACAAGCGAGCAUACGCUGAGAGAUCAAUUGGAGGUAUUGAAAAAACGCACGACUUACAGCAAUGUAAGCGUGUAUGGCGACGUCAGCAUUCUUGACCGAAAGAUCAGCGUCUUCCAAGGAGUGCAGCUGCCGUCGACUCCAGUGGUGAAAAUGGAUGUGAGCCAUUUUUUUGUACACUAAUCGAGUAUUAACAACUGCUUGUGUCUAAAUAGUAAACUAUAGGAUGUCCACUACGAGUAUGAGACUGUCACAAAACCUGAAAUGGCAACGUGGAGAGUUGGAAAGAUGCUGGAGAGGGCCAUUGAAGCUGGUGAUCAGCAAGAGGUCGCACGCCUUCAAAGCGAACUCGUGAAACUCCAAAACACACCUUGGCCAGGCGUAAAGAAAGCGUCCAAGAAUCUUUAG